AAAUGCUUCUACUAAGAGUACAAUGGAAUUGGUAUAUAUGGUUGCUGUCCUCAAGAACCUUAGUGGGAUCCGGAGGAGGUGUUUCUGGAAUAGAGCUGGGAGAUCUAGGACCUUUUAAUCCUGGUUUGCCUGUGGAAGUGCCCCUCUGGCUGGCAAUCAAUCUGAAACAGAGGCAGAAAUGCCGGGUGAUCCCUCCGGAGUGGAUGGAUGUUGAGAAAUUGGAGGAGAUCCGGGAUAAGGAACGAAAGGAGGAUACCUUCACUCCAAUGCCUAACCCAUACUAUAUGGAAUUGACCAAGUUGUUGUUAAAUCAUGCUUCAGACAACAUUCCCAAAGCAGAUGAAAUCCGGACCUUGAUCAAGGAUACGUGGGACACGCGAAUAGCUAAACUUCGGCUCUCUGCAGACAGCUUUGUCAGACAACAGGAAGCGCAUGCCAAGCUGGAUAACCUGACCUUGAUGGAGAUCAACACUAAUGGGGCAUUCCUUACACAAGCCCUCAACCAUAUGUAUAAACUCCGCACAAAUCUCCAUCCUGCCGAAAGUGCCCAGUCUCAAGAUUUCUAGAAGAAACUAGCCCACGGCAGUAGCCGAUGAGUUCCCUUUGUAAUCACUGAACUCCCUUAGGCUUCAUUUGAGUCAUAGGUGGCUGUGGCUUGGCUACCCUUGUGGAGCCUGGAAUGAAGUCUUGAUGGACCAGACUAUUCUAGUCUUCCUUAAGGAUUUUGCUGCAAACCAUGGACAGGUUUUGUAAUAUAAAAAAAAAUGUGUGUGUGUGUUUAACGUGUGUAGCAAGCAAUCAUUUCUUGUAGCUCUGUAGAUAAUAGAAGCAGGCUUGAGGCUGAAUAUUAAUCAUAAAACCUCUAUCAGCCGCACAGAGGGCACUUCUUCGUCUCCAACACUAUCUCGGUCAGCCUCGGCUGUUCAGAAAAAUCAUCUUCGCAAAACAAAUGAUUCCAGCCGGCAGAUCGUUCAGCUCUCCUGCACAGAAGCUGCCAUGCAGAGAUGAAUGCGGCUGCAGCAGAUAGGUGCCGCUUCUAAGGUCUAGCUCUAUUCUUUGUGGGCAGGGUGGAUUUUUCCCUUGACUGGUUGGGACUGUCAUAAACUGCAGAUAAAAAAAGAAAUAGAAGUGGCAUCUUGAAUUUAUUCUCCUUUCCUUGCUCACGUUCCGUUGGCCUGGCAUUGUUUUACCAACUCUACCACAGAGUCAUCCAACUAAGGAAGAUGACGAAGUGGGUUAGCCUUCGAUGGCUUUGGGGCUGCUUUUGUGGUUUACUGCCCCGGUUUCUUUUAGCCCUAUGCUAGUAGUGAUUUGUAAUGAGAGAAUCUCAUUUUGCAGGCAAGUGACGGGAACAGGGUAGGGAUGUUGAGAUAAAAUAACCUUAUUUGGGGAAAGAGCCGACUGAGUGCCGCUGCUCAAGAUGAAGCGCCAAGGAAAAGCGUGGUGGGGUUUCAGUACUUCUUGAAUAAGGUAUUAAGACUGUUUUGUUGCUGAUUUAGGAAAUGGUGGCAUCUCAAAGGUGCCUAACAUCCCUAAAUGUUUUUCAGGAGCCUCUAUCAGUCAUUCCAAAUGCAAUUGUGAAUUCAUAAUUCUACACAAACCUGAAGAGAGAUGUCAUAAAUUUGGGUUUGGGAGGCAGGUGGCAGUAGUAGUUUUGCAUAUAAAAAGUUCCACGUUGCCUGGCAGGGAGGCAAAGUGGAAAGGCUGAACUGUGGGGAAUGGGCAGUCUUCCUGCCCACUUACUUUAGCCAGAUCGGCUUAAGACACUUUGAUCUAGUGGUUGAGCCAAGGCAAUAAACAGGAGGCUUGCAGUCUUCUCAACUCGAUCACUGCUGCCUAAUUUGAGCAUUGUUGCCAUUGGGAAUCUAUGGGGAUCUCUGGAAACUACUGGAUGCAAUUGCUCAGCCUGUAGUUAAAGAACAAGGACAAAGUUCAGUUUCUUCAGUCCUUCUAUGCUUCUUCCCUGGGAAGUUAAGUAACAGAGGGGAAUCCUGGUGGAGAUGAGCCCAAAUUCCCGAGGAAUUAAAGUGCUGGGGCUUUGGUAGUUUGAGCACUAAGUAGCAUGGGCGUAUCGUCAUCAGUGCACCAGUAUGGUGGUCUGAUCGCCCCUCAAGUUUGUAGAGCACUUCAUUAAGUGGCAGAGUGGGAUUAGACCAACAUCUAACUCCCAGUCUGGUGUUCUUUCUGAUAGACCACACUGCUUCACACUUCCCUCAGUGCUUUUCUCAUUUUAUCCUUACAACAGCCAUAGGAUGAAAGGACUUCUGUCGUCACUUUACAGAUGAGGAAAUAGACCCAGAAAGGUUAAUGGUUUUGCCAAACUGGGCAGCGGUAUAACUGGUCCUAGAACUCCGGUCUCCUACCUUCCAGGUCUGGACUUUGUCUCUGAACCAACCUGCUUGAUGAAUCAAUAAGCCUUAACUGCCAUCUGGUGGCACCAUCCUAGGGAAUUAAAAAGUAGGAAAGAUCAGACCUACUUAGUAUUUGCGCAUUUCAGUCGAUGCUUUUUAUAUUUUUCUUAUUUGGAACAAAAAUAAAAAAAAAGUGUACUUGACUG